UCAGAAACGAGUGAAAGCAGCGAUCAUGAUAUAUAUGAGACGACAGAUGCAAAUAUUGUAAAAGAUGAACAGGAAUGGCGUGCCCCUGUUGAUCCUUCCCAUAUCUCGGAACCUGACGAAUUACUGUUCCAACGAGAAUUGGAUUUGCUAGAACUGCCUACAGUGAGUUCAUCGUGCGAAAGCGCACCCACUCUUUCACCACAUAUCACCCACAUUCCGCGAAUUGUCCUAGAAAACGAGGAAGAAAAAGGCGUAGAGGUUGAGGAACUCGAGCGACAGCCAGAAAUGAAGUAUGUCUAA